ACCGCUGGGCCAGGCGCACCGGAUUGAAAGUUCGUGUGCGCGUGGGAGCCACUUUUAAAGAGUUGCGCCGAGCAGACGGCACAGAUUUCCUCCGUUGAAGAAUCAGCGAGAUGAAGAGCAGCGCCAACCCGGCACCAUGCGCUCCAGGCUCCCACGGACCGCCUGCUUACUGCGUCUCAUUGCGCUCUGCAUCCUCCUCUCGCACUCUGCAGCUUAUUUUGGGCUGACAGGUCGGGAACCCCUGGUGCUAUUACCUGCUCCCUUUUCCAAUGAAGCCCCGACAGGAAAGGCUCACCUGAAGCAGUGCGAGCAGAUGAGUCUGACCAGGCGGCAGAAGAGGCUUUGCCGCAGGGAGCCUGGUUUGGCAGAGACGUUGCGGGAGUCGGUGCGCCUCAGCCUCCUGGAGUGUCGCUAUCAGUUCAGGAAUGAGCGCUGGAACUGCAGCAUGGAUGGACGGGGAAGCCUCCUGAAGAGAGCAUUCAAAGAGACUGCCUUCUUACUGGCAGUGUCCUCCGCAGCACUGACGCACGCCCUGGCCAAAGCGUGCAGCUCGGGCCGCAUGGAGCGGUGCACAUGCGACGAUUCCCCCGGCAUCCAGCACCGGGAAGCGUGGCAGUGGGGGGUCUGCGGCGACAACCUGAAAUACAGCACCAAGUUUCUGAAGAAGUUCCUCGGCCAGAAGAGGGUCAGCAAGGACAUGAGGGCUCAGGUCGACAUCCACAACAUCAAUGCGGGAAUUCGGGCGGUGAAGAGCGGGCUGAAAACAACCUGCAAGUGUCAUGGCGUCUCCGGCUCCUGCGCCGUACGGACUUGCUGGAAGCAGCUGCCGCCUUUCCACGACACGGGGCGGCUGCUCAAGUACCGCCACGACACUGCAAUGCGGGUGCUGAGCGUCACCAACGCAGCCACGGGGGAGACGGAGCUCGCGGGGCCUCACCGUCACAGCCAGAGCCUCCGAACUACAGACCUAGUCUACCUGGAAGACUCCCCCAGCUUCUGCAGGCCCUCGCGCUACUCGGCGGGCACGGGCGGCCGCUCGUGUGCAAAGGACACCACGUGUCAGAGUCUGUGCUGUGGGCGGGGCUACAACACGGCCAUGCGUCUCACCAGCAUGUCCUGCCACUGCCAGGUGCGCUGGUGCUGUCACGUGGAGUGUCAGACGUGCGUGAGGGAAGAGGAGGUGUACACCUGCAAGACCGCGUGAGCAAAGCACGAGAUGUAGGGGGCGUGACGUGGCGUAUCAGCAGGACUGAAAGUGCAGCCUCCUGUCACACAACACACCGCUCACGUCUCAGCUCUGAUUUGCAUGAGCGGAAUAUCCACUUUUUAACGUUUCAAAUAUUUCCCGUUUCUCCCGCUAACCGCCACCGAUUUGAUAUGCAGCCGCUUACAGUAGAUGAGGAGAUUUUCAAAGCCGUUGUGCUUUGCUCUCACUGGAUGCACUGAGAUCCCUGAGACUGACGGGGGAAACGAGCUCUUAAAAACACAGGUACUGGACCGGACUGGGUGCCACCAGCAGUGCAAGCCCCGACACUGACUUUUAUUGCAUUGUAAUUACCCUCUUCUUUUAUCCGACUAUUUAUUGUAUCAGCCAUUGUGUCCGUCGUGCUGCUGCUUUGUACUUUACCCUCCUUAUUAAUCACGAUGUUGCCACCGAGGCUAACGCGGCCUCAGAGGAAUGGACCUGUCUGUCCUGCUGUGGAGAACCAAACAAGCACUUAUGUUGCUCUCGCUACAUAUGGAAAACAAAAGUGUAUAGUUAAUCGUGGAUGUUUUAAAUGUAUGUAUAAAUAGCCUACAACCACUGGAAGCUUUGAAGGGCGGGUCAAUGCCAUUAAUUGACGCCGUGGCCACAUGCAUCACCCGGGUUAUUGUGUUAUAGAAACAAGCUGGGUUUCAGUUGCGCUUAUGGAAAUGUCUAUGGAAAUCUAAUGUGUGCUCAAGAGAACAAAGGGAACUUCCUGGGGAGAUCAUGAGGGAAACAUUUUAAUUUGUAAACAUAGCAGCACUACUCUAUUUCUGACCUGCUGUUUAUAGAGUCGUGCACUUUCAAGUUUAAAAAGGGCCUGAUUGAAGCUUCAAAUGUGGUCUAAUUUAAGCCCCAUCUUUGUUCCCUGGGCCUUUUGAACCGGGCCAAUCACGCUCCUCAUUUUCCCCCAAAAUUGCUAAUCAGCGAAACAGAAUCCCAUUCUUUACUACAUCCACAUCCACGUGGAACGCACGUACCAGACCCAGAAGGUUCAUCUUUAUUGGCCAGUUUAUGUUUUGAGUUUGAGUGAUUAGUCUGAACUGUAUAAAUAUAUACGAUACGACUAUAACUCAUGUCAGGGCUCCAGGCGUGUGACAAUGUGGAAUCGUAAUUUUCUACCUCACUCAAUCUUUUGGCAAAUACCAUUAAGAUUUAUGAGCUAUGCAGUUGCUCUCUCUCUCUCUGUAGAUACAUGUUCUUUCAUUUGCAUUUGUUUUUUCAUAUAUACAUAUACAUAUGUAUAUCAAAUUAAAAAAAAAGGGUAAAUUUGUUUCCUUCAUCUUGUUGCAGUAAAUUCUUAUUUAAAACAAGUAAGACGAAUAAAUGGUCGCACAUUC